CUCUUGACCAAAUGAUCGUGCACAACAUCAUUUCGACAAAGUUUCUUUGGGUGCCUGCACGCGUUUCCAUUACAUUCGUCGUGAUCUCUUUCUUGGCUCUUAAACCUUCUUUUUAUUAUUUUCUUCUCAAUUGCAUAACGCGGAAAGUCUUUUUCCCGCGAGGACUGUGUGGUGAUCGUGCCAAUAAAUAUUAUUUUUGUAUGAUCAUUAAUAGAUGAUCACCAGGACAGUCGCUCUCUCUGGUGCAACAAGGUCGUAAACAUUGCACGUAUGUAAGAGAUGAAAUAAUACGGGGCGCUGGAUCUAUACAAAUAAGAGACGCAUUUGCAUUUCAACACCUUUUGCACCUGACCGAUCAUAAAUCAUUCCCCGUGUGCGCUUGAUAGGUGAUUCGAAAGUGUUUUUCGUGUUUUGUUGUUCUCUUUAACCCUAUAACGUGUGCAUUUUGUUGAUUGGUGCACACAGACUGCGGGAAAAUGACGAUAAGUGUCGGAAAUGUGGUUGAGAAUGCGCUUCCGGACAGCGCGAAUGAUGUGGGAAAGUGGAGGAUUCUCAAGAAUAUCGCCAUCAUUUCCGUGGCAUUUCUGUUGCAAUUCACCGCCUUCCAGGGUACGGGGAAUCUUCAGUCGUCAAUCAAUGCGGAUGGGGGUUUGGGCACAAUGUCACUGAGUGCUGUCUUUGGGGCCAUCAUCAUUUCGUGCAUCUUCAUCCCAACACUGGCCAUCAAGAAGUUAACAGCUAAGUGGACUCUUUGCUGCAGUAUGCUGUGCUACGUUCCCUACUUGGCUGCACAGUUCUACCCGCGAAUUUACACCCUAAUCCCAGCUGGAUGCCUUGCAGGACUCGGAGCUGCUCCCAUGUGGGCUUCACAGUCAACGUACCUAGCUCAGGUGGCGCAUGUCUACGCGAGAAUUACCAAUCAAUCCAUUGAAGCAAUCAUCGUGCGAUUCUUUGGUAUUUUCUACCUCUGCUGGGACUCAGCUGAACUCUGGGGUAAUCUUAUUUCAAGCCUCAUUCUCUCACCACCUCCUACUCAGUCUUCCAACGCCACUGAAGACUACUCCCUCUGUGGAGCUAAUUUUUGUGCAGCCAAUUUAAAGGAGAUCCCCAAUCUACAACGACCUGCUGAUCGAGAAAUAUUCCUUAUAAUGGGAAUCUACUUAGCUUGUAUCUUCCUAGCUGUGAUCCUCCUGGCUUGCUUUCUUGACCCUCUUACCAUGUACGGUGAACAAAAGGGUGGAGAAGUCAGCAUAGCAAAGCUCCUGCAGGCUUCAUUCAAGCAAUUCUGCAAGACAAAUCAACUCCUAAUGAUCCCUCUGACAAUAUCCGUUGGUAUUGAGCAGGCAAUCCUAGCUGCAGAUCUAACGCAAGCUUUUAUCUCCUGUACCCUUGGAAUUGAUGAAAUUGGCUUCAUUCUCGUUAGUUUUGGUAUCUUUGACGGUUUCUGUUCCGUUCUAUUUGGUUUCCUUACAAAACGACAUGGAAGGAUAAGAAUUCUCGUAAUUGGACUAUCUGCUAUGUUUGGCUCCUACUUUGUUAUGCUCUUUUGGCAUCCAACUCCUCAUGAACGGUGGAUGUUCUUUGUUGUUUGCGGGCUCUAUGCCCUUGCUGAUGCAAUCAUGCAGACUCAACUCAAUGGAAUCUACGGCGCAAUCUUUGCUCAGAACAAGGAAGCCGCCUUCUCAAACUAUCGCCUCUGGGAAUCAAUUGGCUUCCUCAUGACGUACGCCCUUUCUACAACUCUGUGUGCUCGUUUUAAGCUAAUUGGCGCCCUGGGGGUUCUUGCUGUAGGUGUUGCAGGAUGGACAGUGGUUGAGUGUCGGGAGAAGUAUAGCAAAGUUAACCGUGCCACAUAAAUCCACUUCAUGAUUUAUCUGAAACUUCCUCACUCUGGGCGAAUAAUUUUCGUGUGUUUUGUGAUUAAGCAAUUUGUUUAGGAAAUAUCAUCUACAUACUACCAACAGAAGCCAUCCAGAGGUAAGGAAUAAAAAACAAGCAGAAUAAGACCCUGGUUGGCAAUUAGUCAUCAAAAAGAGAGAUUCAACGCAGUCGGGCAUGCGACGUUCCCACACUUCUAAGCAAAACAAUGCCGCGAUAUGAGGCCGCACGACGAUGGAAAAUGAUCGGAAAUUGUUGAAUUUCACAGUCAAGAUCGCAAAUUGUCAUCCUUCAUCUGGGAGAUUGAUAGUGUUAAUUAAAAUUAAUCACAAAUAAUAACUGAAAUUUAUUAAUAUGCUAAAGUUUUUUUUUAAUCUUCUUAUGGUAAAAUUCAUCAAAAAAUAAAAAUAUUUUGUGCUUCCUGUACAAAAAAAAAACUAUUUUUAAGAUUUAUAAAACUCUUCGAAGCCUUGCAAAUAAACUAAAAUGUUCUUGAUGAAAAAUUUAAAAG